CAGACAUGUGUGCGGCGGCGUGGGACGGCCCGACGGCAGGCGACCUGAAGGCGGCGGGAGCGGAGUCGAUCCCCGGCGGCGUGCGGGUGAAGGGAUGGGUCAUUCAGUCCCACAAGGGGCCCAUUCUCAACUCCGCCUCCGUGAGCCUAUUUGAAGAUAAACUUCAAACAACACAUUUACCUGAAAUGGUGUUUGGAGAGAGUUCUGUGUCUCUUCAACACGCUCAAACUGGCAUCAGAUUGCAUUUCAAUGCGCUUGAUGCUCUCAAGCAAUGGAAACAAGAGGCAUUGCCGCCUGUUCAGGUUCCUGCUGCAGCGAAAUGGAAAUUCAGAAGUAAUCCUUCUGAUCAAGUGAUACUUGAUUAUGACUAUACAUUCACUACACCGUACUGUGGGAGUGAUGCUGUAGCUCUGAACCAAGACACUAUGCAAACAGGUUUAGAUGAAUGUAGCAGUCUGUGUUGGGAGGACACUGAUGACCGGAUCGACCUUGUUGCCCUUUCUGCCAAAGAACCAAUUCUUUUCUACGAUGAGGUUAUCUUGUAUGAAGAUGAGUUAGCGGAUAGUGGUAUUUCAUUCCUUACAGCGCGAGUGAGGGUGAUGCCGUCUGGUUGGUUUCUGCUCUUGCGCUUUUGGCUUAGGGUUGAUGGCGCAGUAAUGAGAUUGAGGGAUACCCGUUUGCAUUGUUCUUUUGGAAGCAAGGAGGGUGCGAAACCCGUGGUACUGCGUGAACUCUGCUGGAGGGAAGCAACAUUUGCUGCCAUGUCUGCGGAAGGAUAUCCUUCCGACUCCGCAGCAUAUGCAGACCCAAAUCUUGUUGCUCGCAAGCUUCCGGUGGUGAUGCACAAGACCCAGAAGCUGAAAGUACCAAGUUAAUCUGCUAGCACACCUUCACCUUGUGGUACAUCCAGGACCGUUCGACGGUGAUCUUAUUCUGCUGGCAUGUGUUGUAGAUGUACUGUACGUUAAUUUUGCUUUUCCAAGGAUCAAAAUUCUUGUUACUUGUCAUGGUAAGCCAUUGUAGCCUCGGCUCAUGAAGUCGGCAGAUAAAACCAACGCACUGGUGCAUGAUUGAAUAAGAUACUGGCAGGCUCCAGUUCA